GUCACCCGUUGCUUGUACCACGCAUUGGGAAGGCAGCAUCUUGGGAUCUACUGCUUUUUGUGCAUCUGCUUCACCUUGUGGGAGGAGUGACUUCCACCUCGUAACCAUGGUCUAAGAGUUGAGCAACUUCUAGCUUCACACAUCUGGUUGCCUCUUUCUUCCUACCUCGCACAGAAAGUGCGAGGCUGUCAACGAGUGUUUUAUAAUCGACACUUCACUCCAUUUGCUUUUUUCGCCCUCUCUCAUCUUUCAUCUUUCAUCGCCCCUCGUCCUCAUUUAUCAACUCAGUAUCUUUUUCCUGCAAUCUAUUACCAUACAUACAUUUAGUAAUUCCAUUCUCAGCAAGACACCAACCAUCAUCCACUCCCAACAAGACGCGUUAUCAAAAUACCUAGAACUAACCUAGAAGUCAUCAUGAAUUCCAUCUACUCCGUUCAGAACAAGAUCAAGCAGGAGCUGUCUCUGUCCAAGGUCAAGGCCAUUCAGAAUAAGAACUACAAACGUCAUGGCACCAAGUCCUAUGUCUACCUGCUAAACCGGUUCGGCUUCCAACCUACCAAACCCGGCCCCUAUUUUCAUAUCGACAAGGUUAGACAGCAUGGCAUUGUCCCUGAGGAGCUGAAGGCCGCCCUUGGAGGCGUCAUACAUACAGAGCGAACACUAGUCAAGAAGGCCGGUCCUGGCGAUGAUGAUCAGACCGGUGAUGUCACUGCCGAAGACCAGCAGAAUGACUCCAUGUAUGUCUGCAAAGUCGAUAUUGGCAGCCCUCCUCAGUCACUAUUACUCGACUUCGACACUGGUUCUGCUGAUACUUGGGUUUGUUCGACCCUUCAGGGCAAGUCUGCUAACUCGGGCCACAACGUCUUUGACCCCAAGAAGUCGGAGACCUUCAAGAAAUUGACUGGGAAGAAGUGGAAGAUCCAAUAUGGAGAUGGAUCGACUGCGUCUGGUGACUGCGGCAGCGACACUCUUGUCGUAGGUGGUCUAUCCAUCAAGGACCAGACGAUCGAGUGCGCGACCAAGCUGUCCCGACAAUUUGCCCAGGGUACCAGCGAUGGCCUGCUUGGCCUCGCCUGGGGCAAGAUCAACACAGUCACAGAUUCUGGUGUGCCCGAUCCCCAGGCAACACCUGUUGAGAACAUGAUUGACCAGGAUGAUAUCCCCAAGGAAUCAGAGCUUUUUACUUCAGCGUUUUACAGCACUCGUGACAAGGAUGCCGAGUCAUUCUAUACCUUCGGUUAUAUCGAUCAGGACCUCGUCCAGAAGUCUGGUCAGGACAUUCAUUGGACUGAAAUUGACAACUCGGAAGGAUUCUGGUCAUUCUUGUCAGAGUCAGCAUCGGUCAAUGGGGAGAGCAUCGAUCUUAGCGGCAACACCGCCAUUGCUGAUACCGGUACCACUCUAGCACUCCUAUCGGACACGGUUGUCGAGAAGAUAUACGAUCAAAUCCCUGGCGCAUCCUAUGAUUGGCUCAACCAAGGCUACAUCUUCCCGGUUAUUGUCAAAGCAGAUGAUAUCCCUGAAAUCAAGGUGGCUGUGGGCGACCAGGAAUGGCUAAUCCAAAAAGAAGACUUGGCCUUCGCCCUCACGGAUGACAAGCAGAGUUGGUAUGGAGGUAUCCAAAGCCGCGGCAUGAUGCCGUUCGACAUUCUUGGCGACACGUUCCUGAAGAGUGUCUAUGCUAUCUGGGACCAAGGCAACAAGCGCUUCGGUGUAGUACCCAAGAUUCAAGAGACACAAAAUCUCGACCCGCCCCCUGACAGCUCUGACUCUGAUGGUGGAGACAAACAAAGAGUCAGCAGCAUUGAUCUCCUUGCUGCUGAUGCUAUUUGAAUGGGACGUUCCGCGUGUCUAUGGGGGUGCACUUGAAUGGCUAGUUUCAAGAAUUGGGCAUAAGAGUCGGGGGUCGUAAUGCUUC